AUGUGUCAUUACAACAACGCUCAAGCGCAGACCAUGACUAGUACCAGUACCGUAUACGAAAGCACGACAACUCUCCAAUGUAUUUCGCCGUCGGUGGCCUUUUCAGCAACAACAGAGCCCGCAUCCGCUGUUGUGACUAUAACGGUGACUACUGGAGGCCCUUCGCCAGCUGCCAACAAGAUGGCUCGGCAAACAAUGCCAGGAAGUCCCGCAAGAGAAUUAGUACACCGAGAUUUGGUUACCGAUUACACAACUAUCACCGUACCAGCUCUCACAAGCAUAGUUUCGCCAUGUGUGACAACAAUACUUUCAACGAUCCCGGGCCAAGAAAUAACGGUGACAAAUUUUGUGCCUUAUGUUGGACCGACUCCAACAAAAUCGGCAUCAUCCUCAUCGACUUCCUCCUCUACGUCGGUCACCCCAUCAAGAACUCCCAUACCAUCGAUUAUCACUCCUCCACCAGGUACACCUACCCAAUCGAGCGCACCCAGCUCAAUCCAAACGCCUACUACAUCAAUUCAAACCUUCUCAAAAGGCUCCUCCUUUACCACCACACUUGGAACCAAUCCCAUCACGAUAUUGCCUCUCUCGGGUGGCUCUUCAGCCUUAGUCAAUAGUGCAACGCUCUCCGUCGGUGGCUCAGCCACAAGCAUUGGUAACAUUGUCCUCACUUACGCCUCAUCAGGGCUUGUUGCCAUCUCAACUCCCAGUCCCAUCUCGACUUCUAAUUCAAUCGUAACGACAAUGGGCUCCAGUCCACUCACCAUCAUCGAGCUCCCUGGGGAAGCGAUAGUAGAUGGUACAACUUUGUCGGCUGGGGGCCCUGAAGCCACAAUAAAUGGCGUGGAAGUGACAUAUGCUUCAACGGGCUUAAUUGCCGUUGAAACUGGGAAUACGAUUAGUUUAGGAGGAAUAAUAAUGAGUAUUUUCAGUUACACGGAACUUGACUUUGACGCCUGGAGGUAUUCAAACAGUUUCGGGAACGGUUUAUACCCUUCCUACAAGUGGGACUGCACCAGUGGCUUUGAGCACACAGACUGCGGCACAGACGAGUCUCUUGCAGUUUACCGGAACAGCAUCGAAGAAGGGGACGUCUUGUCUAUCUCAUAUCUUGAUGCUGAUGAGCGGUAUACUUCAAGCAGUGUUGAUACUUUGAAGACUUGUGUCAAGUUAGGUGUUGCUUAUUGCGAGCACCUUGACAGAUGAGUAUUUUCAGACAGUCUUCUGACCCAGUAUAUCAUGUUGCUUAAAACCCGAGGCGAUGGGGCAAAGAGAAUCUGGCAGAUCCCACCAGCACAUCAUAAAUAUAAACACGAG